AAUUUAUUUUUUAAGAUUAGAACUUUUAAAAAUUGCAAAAAAUGAGAACAAAUAAGAUAUCAUUCAAAAAUUAACUGUAGUAGAUAGUGGUUUAUUUUCGUAAUUAGGUAAUCAUUAGACAUUAGAUAACUUCCUUGCGAUAAUUAUAUUGUUCGAAUCUAAGAAUGGAAUGUUCGAUACUAAGGUGUUAAAAUAUAAAAAUGCAAUGUGGUUUGAUCUACUUGGAAUCUAUAACGACAUGUGGCGCAGUUUAAUUUCAACGAAAAGCAUCUAAUAAGAAGAUCCUCUACGCAUUACGUCAAAAGUAUCUUCAUAUAAAAGUGUAUAUAAUUCAAUAAACACUUCAAGAUGUGGUUGAUAAGUGUGAACAAAAAGCUACUACUUAUGAAAAUGCAUUAUUUCCUUUACUCGGGAUGUAUAGCGACAAUUCUCAGUUUUGGUUCCACGUAUGCUAAACAAUUAGGAUAUUCAAAAAUUACUGUUGGAUAUAUAAUGAUGAGUCUUUUUAUCAUAUCAAUGUUAACAAAACCAGUAGUUGGCGCCGUAGUCGAUAAGUUCCGUGUAAAGAAAUACAUUUUUAUAUUAUUCAUAUUUUUGACUGGUAUUUCUGCAUUCUUUCUGAUGUUUGUGUCCAGACUAUCUUUAGAGACGUCCAUAGAGCUGGAAUGUGAUAUAAACAUUACAAAUGUAAAAAUAUAUUUCGACCAUACUAAUAAACUUUCAGACUGUGAUCAAAAAGUACUAAUGGGAAACAACGGAGAGAGGUUGGUCAAUUGCAAGUUAAACUGUAAUGAUGACGACAUAUUAUUUUCUGAAAUGUUCACUGGGACUAAACUGACAUCGAUUAAUGAACUUACUAAAAACUCUAGUAUUGUCGAUAAUCUAGCAACUAAAAUAACCGAUUUACCUAUAUUAAUACAUUUGUAUAAUUUUAAUACUAAACAGAAUGGUUCCUAUAAUUUUCGAGUUGGAUACGUAGAUAUAAAUCAUAGUAGAAUAAUGUCUCCAGUUUGUCAUCAACCAGUAAAAAUGCUUUGUCAAUUGUACUGUCCCAGUCCAACAAUUAUGGAAUUAGCAGCAAUACCACAAUCUCAAAAAAUGAUAAUUUCUAUGCCCGAAUUUUGGGAAUUUUUUUCAUUAUUGUGUAUAUUUUGGAUCAGUCAAUCGGGUAUAUGGGCUAUACAAGAUCCAAUUUGUUUUGAUCUCUUAGAAGAUAAACCCAAUGAUUUUGGUAAGCAAAGAUGCUGGACGUCCAUUGGAUGGGGAUUCGUCACAAUGUUUAGCGGUUGGCUUGUGGAUUAUUUCAGCUACGACAAAGUUCAAAAAGACUACACACCAUUAUCUUAUUUAAUAUUAUCAUUUAUGAUUUUGAAUUUAAUUGUUGCUUCUAACAUCUCAGUUGUCGAGUUCAAAGUUUCACAAAACACGUUCCAUAAUGUUUUUAAAUUAUUUGCAAGACUCCACGUUAUUAGUUUUUUUGCUUGGAUCUUAAUGCUGGGCGUAUAUAGCUCAAUGACAAUGAGUUAUCUGUUUUGGUACCUAGAAGACUUGGCUUCAGAAUAUCAAUGUAACCAAGUAGCAUGGAUAAAAACACUACAGGGAUUUUCUCAAGGUCUUCAAAGUUUCGGCGGUGAAAUGCCGAUUUUCUUCUGUUCUGGUUGGAUAAUAAAACACAUAGGUCAUAAACACUGCAUGUCGCUAGUUUUAUUCGCAUUUACUGUUAGAUUUUUUUUUUAUUCCAUCAUGACAAAUCCCGUUUGGGUGCUGUUGAUAGAAAUUCUAAAUGGCAUGGCAUACGCAUUAGGCCGUGCAGUGAUGGUAUCAUACUCCAGAAGGAUUUCGCCACCUAGUGCGCAUCAUACGGUCUUAGGACUAGUAGGACUAUUCGAUUGCAUUGGUUUAUCAUUAGGUGGUGUGCUAGCUUCACAUAUAUAUGACUUUUACGGAGGAGUGUGGUUAUUCAAAUUAUUUACUUAUGGUUCAGCUAUGAUGUGUGUUUUACAAAUUAUCUACAAUUUGUUAACAAAGUCAAAUAUGUUUCAUCUAAAAAUAAAUAAACAGCUGUUACCUUUGAAAAUGUGCUUCUUCUUGAUAUUUGCAUUAAUGGGACCUACAAUUGGAUUUUUGCCUACAAUAGCCAGACAAUUAGGAUACUCAUUAACAACUUACGGCGUGACUAUGACGUUCAUGUCGAUAGUAUCGACGAUUCUUGUACCUUUGUCUGGUGUAAUUGUCGACAAAUUCCGGAUAAAAAAAAUAUUAUUUUUAGUGGUCAUACUUGGAAUAGGAGUGGUUUCAUUAUUGUUUUUGUUCGUACCGAAAGUACCUUUGGAUGUGGAUACAACCGAAUUAAUAUGCGACACGGAAACUACUUUUACCGUUUUCAACGAGAACAAUUUACAAAUGACGAGUAAUAACACUUAUUUUACUAUUGAAAACUAUAAUAGAAGUGAUGAAAUAAUGAUGUGCAAGUUAAAAUGUCGAUAUACAGAGUUAUGUAGUGAUUAUGAAAUAGUUAAUUUAAAGAAUCAAUCUGACUUGAGCGAUUCAUGGAUUACUAUGAUUGACGAUAAUACAAAUCAAAAUAAAUACAACCAAAUUGACUUGAAAUUAAAAUUUAAAAACAUGGAACAAAAUAUGGAACAAAUUGCAAAGUCAUACGUAUUUCAAGUAUUAUCUGUCCAAAUAAAUGGUUCUCAAAUACUUUCACCGACUUGUCAAUGCAAUUUAAAAACAUUUUGUCAUAUUAUGAAUUGUUCAAAUAAUAAAAUAACGGAAUUAGCUACCGUUACAACAUACAGAGGAAACGUUCUUAAUUUAUAUCAAUUUUGGAUUUUUUUCAUACUUGUGGCGGCAUAUUGGGCUUGUACUACGAUUACAAAUGCAUUAAUAAAUCCUAUUUGUCUUGACGCUUUGGGAGAAAAAUCUUCGGAGGAUUUUGGAAAACAAAAAUGUUGGGCAUCAAUUGGUUGGGGAAGUUUUUCUAUAUUUAUUGGGUGGCUCGUGGAUAUAGUUAGUAUUAAUAAAAAAGAUAAAGAUUAUUCACCAGUAUUUUAUUCAAACAUCAUUAUCACAAUUUUCAAUUUUGGAUUAGCAAAUAAAAUUAAAGUCGUCGAAACAAAUAAAUCCAAAGAUAGAUGGAAGAAUAUGUAUGGUCUAUUCACUAAAUAUUAUAUGAUUUUCUUUUGUAUAUGGUCAAUAUUUAACACUCUUUUCCAUACAAUUGUAACUCACUUUCUAUUCUGGUACAUGGAAGAUUUAGUUAUUGCUAACAAUGACCACAACCAACGGGCAUGGAUAAAAUCGCUUCAAGGUUUAGCUCAAGGCAUCCAGUGUUUUGGCGGUGAAAUACCAUUUUUUUUUUGGUCUGGUUGGAUAAUUAGAAAGUUGGGUUAUGGUAACUGCAUGGCUCUAGUGCUGGGAUCUAUGGCUCUCAGGAUGUAUCUCUACACAGUCAUAUGGAAUCCAAUCUGGAUUAUAGCAAUAGAAUUAUUGAACGGAGUAUCGUAUGCGUUAGGAUUCUCGGUGAAAAUGUCAUAUGCAAAAAUGCUGGCACCUUCUGACACACUAAACACCAUUAUUGGGUUUAUAGGAUUGUUCGAUUGUAUAGGUGAAUCUAUAGGUAGUCUACUGGGUGGAUAUUUAUUCGAUACAUAUGGUGGAGUAUGGUCGUUUCGGUUUUUCGCCUACAUGUCUAUUUUUAUGUGUUUUAUAAACAUAGUAAUCAAUUAUUUUGGAUUGACAAAAGAAUCCAUUACAUUAAAUAUUAACUCUGAAUCAACGAAUAUGGAUCUCAAAAUGACUAAUAAUGAAAUAGAUAAAAAAAUAUGAUGUUUUUUUUAAAAGUAGUAGGUAUAUAUUUUUUUAAAAAUGUAAUACUUGAUUAAUUAAGUGCAGUUUGGCACAAUGUUUCACCGUUAUAAUUAUAAUUAUGUAUAUAAUAUAUUAUAUAAUUUAAUAGGUAAUUUAUAACUACGAGUUUAGAAUUUGAUUUUGGUACAUUAAAAUACAUGGAAAAAUAUCCUGCUUAGGAGUAAGAAAUUAAAAAUUUAAUCAUUCAAAAAAGUAAAUAAUCUAUUUAGCUUAAAAAUUAUAAUGAUAAAAAUUGUAAGAAAUAUAAAUGUAUAAUAUAUAAUAUUAUAGAAGUAUAUGUUUAGUUUUGUAUCAACUAUUAAUACUAAUGAAUACAUUUGACAAAAGCUUGAAACGCUAUCUCAGAUUCUUGAUUCUAUAGGUUAGGUAAGGUAAAAAUUUUACCGACACUUUAAAAAAAAAUUCGCAUAAAAAUCGAAAAUUUCAGUGGUUUAUAAACAACUCAAAAAAAGUCAAAAUUUUUUGAAAAUUUAACUGUAUAUAGAUAACACUAACAUAAACAUUUGGUGAAAAUUUCAAGUAUUUACAGUGAUUAGUUUUUGAAUAACAACCAUAUAAAAAAUCGAAUCGGUCAAAAACUGGUUUUGCGUAAAAAUUUUCGUUUUCCGCCAUUUUAGAUUCUGAACGGAGUGAUGAAUGUAUUGAUUUUACAAAGAUGUAUGUUUUUUUUUUUUUUUGUUUGUUUUAGAUUCUGAACGAAGUGAUGAAUGUAUUGAUUUUACAAUGAUGUGUGUUUUUUUUUUUUUUUUUGUGUCUUGUUUACAGCAUAACUAGUCGAAAUAAUGCUUCACUUUCAAACUUCGAGGGUGGUUUCCGAUGGAAAAGUGAAUAUCCUUGGUACAUUAUAGAGGUAAAAAGUAAACAUUUUUCAACAGUUUUCAAAAAAAUCGAGAAAAACAAAAAAAAAAUGACCGAAAAAUGGGAAUUUUUACGCAAAACCAGUUUUCAACCGAAUCGAUUUUUUUAUAUGCUUGUAAUUCAAAAACUAAUCACUGUAAAUAUUUGAAAUAAACGUUUAUGUUAGUGUCGGUAAAAAAAAUUUGGAUGACCAAAAAAACUUUAAAAUUUAAUACAAGGUUCUUUAUGAGUUAUUUUUAUUGUAGCUAAAAAAAAUUAAAAAUCGUUAGUCACAAUUUUUUUUUAUAAGCGUUUAUAGUUCAAAUUUUUACGAAAUCUGUCGAAAACGCGAAAAUUUGCAAGUAAUUUUGAAGUUGAAAAAUCAUAAAAUUUUUUGUGUUCAUAACUAAGGAUUAAAAUUAUAACACUAAGUUCUCCAUAAGUUUUCCUUGAAGUAGCUAUAGAGAAAACUCAUAACAUCAUUAUAGGAAAAAUUGUAUGUGCGUUUGAAUUUUAAAUUUUUACGAAAUAGCGUAACGACAACGAUUUAUCCUAAACGAUUUUAAAUAUUUGUUAUUAUUCAAAAAGUAUAAGUCGUAGAUACUUGAAAAUUUUACCAGUUAUUAAGAUUCACGUUUUCUUUACGUGAUUUAAUUUUUAAAAUAUUUUGAAUUUUUUUGAGCUAUUUAUAGACAACUGAAAUUUUCAAUUUUUCUAAAAAAAUAUUUUUGAAGUGUCGAUAAAAUUUUUUUGGCCCUAUAAAAAUACUUGAAAAUGUAAUACAAAAUUCCUCAUAAGUUAUUCUUAUAGUGAUUAAAAAAUUAUAAGAAUACAUAGGCACAAUUUUUUUUUUAUUAGCAUUUGAAGUUCAAAUAUUGACAAAAAUUCAUCAAAACCAUGAAUAUUUGCAAAUUAUUUUGGAGUUGAAAAUUCAUUAAAUUGUUUUUUAUUAUGCAAGGUUAAAAAAUUAAACCUCUAAGUUUUCCUUCAAAUAGCUAUAGAGAAAACUUGAAGCGUCAUUAGAGGAAAAAUGUUAUUAGCGUUUGAGUUUUAAAUUUUUACGAAAUCGUGUAACGCUAACGAUAUUUUAUCCUCAAACGAGUCAAAUGAAUUUAAAUAUUUGUUAUAAUGAAUGGAUGAUUAAUUUCAAACGUAGUUAUUCUCACUAAUGAAUAUUCAAAAAAUUCUAAUUUGUUCAAACCCACCCCCCCCCC